GUCUGCUCCUCGGUGAAGGUUUACCGGAGAGAAAAACCGCAGAAAAGCAUCCAGACGACAAACAGUGGAAGAGAAGCCGGAUUUGUGGGGAAUCCAGCCUGACCGGUUCAUCCAGACAGGAGGGGACGUUUCUGACAAGCCUGGCGGGUCUUCUUGUCCAGGAAACUUCUGCUGCAUUCUUCAUCGAGGAAGGGAGGGGGGUGAGGAGCUGUGGCUGAUCUGCAGCCAUGCAUCGCUUAAGGACUACAGUUUCGAGGCUUCGGCCUUUAACGGCUGCACAGACAGCACAGAACCUCUCACAGCCCAGGACAUUGGGGGUCGAAGGGGGCUUAAGGACGUUUCAGCCCGCAAGGCGCCAGAGCACAUCUGUGGUGGCUGAGCCCUUUCUUAAUGGCACCAGCUCAAACUAUGUAGAGGAGAUGUACUAUGCAUGGUUGGAGAAUCCCAGGAAUGUGCACAAGUCGUGGGAUAUAUUUUUCCGCAAUGCUAACGCCGGGGCUCCACCUGGUGCAGCUUACCAGAGCCCUCCACCUCUUAGUGGGACCACUCAGGGACUGGCCAGUGUCCAGGCACUGGUUGGAUCUCAGCCCAAUGUGGAGAAGCUGGUGGAGGAUCAUCUUGCAGUCCAGACACUGAUACGAGCAUACCAGGUCCGCGGUCACCACGUGGCUCAGCUGGACCCUCUGGGCAUCACGGAUGUCGACCUGAAGCCCACACCUACUGAUAUCAUCACUACCCAAACUGAACUGGGUUUAUACGGGCUGGCUGAAUCAGACCUCGACAAAGUGUUCAGGCUUCCCACCACCACGUUUAUCGGCGGGAACGAGAGCGCUCUGCCUCUCAGGGAGAUCAUACGACGCCUCGAGGCGUCGUACUGUCAGCACAUCGGAGUGGAGUUCAUGUUCAUUAACGACGUGGAGCAGUGCCAGUGGAUCCGACAGAAGUUCGAGACGCCUGGAGUCAUGCAGUUCAGUCUGGAGGAGAAGAAGACUCUGCUGGCCAGAAUGAUCCGAUCCACCAGGUUUGAAGAGUUUCUGCAGAGGAAGUGGUCGUCGGAGAAGCGUUUCGGUCUGGAGGGAUGCGAGUCGCUGAUCCCGGCGCUCAAAACCAUCAUCGAUAAAUCCAGCCAGAGCGGAGUGGAGAGCGUGAUCAUGGGAAUGCCUCACAGAGGGAGACUCAAUGUGCUCGCUAAUGUGAUCCGGAAAGACCUGGACCAGAUCUUCUGCCAGUUCGACUCUAAACUAGAAGCUGCAGAUGAGGGUUCUGGUGAUGUGAAAUAUCACUUGGGGAUGUAUCACAAGAGGAUGAACCGGGUCAGCAACAGGGAGGUCUCCAUGUCGCUGAUGGCCAACCCGUCCCACCUGGAAGCCGUGGACCCCGUGGUGCAGGGGAAGACCAAAGCUGAGCAGUUCUACUGCGGAGACAACGAGGGAAAGAGAGUGAUGUCUGUCCUGAUUCACGGCGAUGCAGCGUUUGCCGGUCAGGGUAUCGUAUACGAGACGUUCCACCUGUCCGACCUGCCGUCCUACACCACAUACGGCACCAUACAUGUGGUGGUCAACAACCAGAUCGGUUUCACCACUGAUCCCAGGAUGGCUCGUUCGUCUCCGUAUCCCACAGACGUAGCUCGGGUGGUCAACGCUCCCAUCUUUCACGUCAACGCCGACGACCCGGAGGCUGUGAUGUACGUGUGCAACGUAGCAGCCGAAUGGAGGAACACCUUCCAUAAAGACGUGGUCGUAGAUCUGGUGUGUUACAGGAGAAACGGCCACAACGAGAUGGACGAGCCCAUGUUCACACAGCCGCUGAUGUACAAGCAGAUCAAGAAGCAGAAAGGAGUCCUGCAGAAGUUUGCAGAAAAAGUCAUCGCUGAGGGAGUCGUCACAGCUCAGGACUACGAGGAGGAAGUCGCAAGGUACGAUAAAAUCUGUGAGGAAGCUUACACUCGCUCCAAAGACGAGAAGAUCCUUCACAUCAAACACUGGCUGGACUCACCGUGGCCUGAUUUCUUCACCCUGGAGGGUCAGCCCAAAAGUAUGAGCUGCCCUUCUACCGGCAUCAGUGAAGAAGAGCUCGGCCAUAUUGGAAAAAUCGCUUCCUCUGUGCCGGUGGAAGACUUCACCAUACAUGGAGGUUUAAGUCGCAUCUUAAAGGGCCGAGCCAAGAUGGUGAGCCAGCGAGUGUGUGACUGGGCUCUCGGAGAAUAUAUGGCGUUUGGCUCUCUGCUCAAAGAAGGGAUCCACGUUCGCCUCAGUGGACAGGAUGUGGAGAGGGGAACCUUCAGCCAUCGACAUCAUGUUCUCCACGACCAGAACGUUGAUAAGAGGACCUGCAUCCCGAUGAAUCACAUGUCCCCAAAUCAGGCUCCGUACACUGUCUGCAACAGCUCUCUGUCUGAGUAUGGAGUACUAGGUUUUGAGUUAGGCUUUGCCAUGGCGAGCCCCAACGCUCUGAUUCUGUGGGAAGCCCAGUUCGGAGACUUUAACAACACGGCUCAGUGCAUCAUCGACCAGUUCAUCAGCUCAGGCCAGGCCAAGUGGGUCCGCCAGAACGGGAUCGUGCUGCUGCUUCCUCACGGCAUGGAGGGAAUGGGUCCAGAGCACUCGUCUGCCCGCCCUGAAAGGUUCCUGCAGAUGUGCAACGACGACCCCGAUGUUUUCCCUAAAAUGUCAGAGGACUUUGCGAUGCGUCAGCUGUACGACUGUAACUGGAUCGUCGUCAACUGCUCGACUCCUGCAAACUACUACCACGUUCUCCGCAGACAGAUCCAGCAGCCCUUCAGGAAGCCACUGAUAGUUUUUACUCCCAAGUCACUGUUGCGCCACCCUGAGGCCAAGUCCAGCUUUGAUGAAAUGCUGCCAGGAACUCACUUCAAGCGUAUAAUCCCAGACGACGGUCCUCCAGCCGCCAACCCAGAGAAGGUGAAGAGAAUCGUUUUCUGCUCCGGCAAAAUCUACUACGAGCUUACCCGCGAACGCAAGAACAGAGGCAUGGAUGAAACCGUAGCUGUGGUCCGCAUCGAACAGUUGUCGCCGUUCCCCUUUGACCUGGUGAAAGCAGAGACGGAGCGUUAUUCGAAUGCGGAUCUGGUGUGGUGUCAGGAAGAGCACAAGAACCAGGGCUACUACGACUACGUCAAGCCUCGCAUCCGCACCACCAUCAACCACUCCCAGCCAGUUUGGUACGCUGGCCGUGAGCCUGCCUCAGCUCCAGCCACUGGGAACAAACAGACUCACCUCACGGAGCUGCAGCGUUUACUGGACAACGCAUUCGGUCUGGACGCGUUCUCAGGAAAACUCUAACAAGUCUUCUUCUGCUCCUCCAUCCUCUCAUCACACACACACACACACACACACACACACACACACACACACACACACACACA